AUGGGGUUUUGGAAACUGUUGGAGGUGGCAUCUGCGCCAAUUCUUGAAGUCCUACUUAUCAGUGCAGUGGGAGUUUUUUUGGCAACAGAUUAUUGUAAUAAUGUUCUUUCCGCAGACUUUAGAAAAUCCUUGAACAAGAUUGUCUUCAUUGCGUUCACUCCUGCACUUAUAUUUGCCAGUUUUGCCGAGAAUGUUUCUCUUGACGAUAUGAUAUUAUGGUACCAUAGCAUCAAAGUUGUGGUCGUUGGCAAGAGUAAAAUUUGGAAGGAUGACGAGGAGGAAGGAAACAUGGGUAAUCUUCCUAUUGUAAUUAUGCCUGCAAUCUGUGAUGAAAAAGGAGGUCCAUUUGGGGAACCUGAUGAUUGCCGCAACAGGGCUCUCUCUUAUUCUUUUUGCUCUUUGGCGCUUGGUGGUGUCUUCAUCUGGACCUAUACUUACCAACUAAUGCGAAAUACAUCCUUGAGAUACAAAGCAUUUGAGGCAGCUGAGAUCUUAAAGAUUCCCAACAAACGCCUAGAUGCUGAUGCAGAAACUGGCUUUCUCAAGCAAAAUGGUGGUUAUGCCGAAGACACUGAAAAUCAAAUUCUUGUAGACCGAGGUACGUCCUUACUACCAAUUGAUGGUGAAAAAUCUUUAUGGCAUAGAACGAUGGAAACUGUAGGUCAAAUCCUGGCAGAACUAAUGUCACCCCCAACAGUUGCUACACUUUUAGGUUUCCUUUUUGGAGGGGUUAAAUGGCUAAGGAACCUAAUAAUAGGACACGAUGCUCCCCUACGAGUGAUCCAAGGCUCCAUUCAAUUGCUAGGGGAUGGUACAAUUCCUUGUAUCACAGUUUUGCUUGGAGGCAACCUUACACAAGCCAUGGAUUCAUCAGGGAUCCAACCAUUGAUCCUGAUUUGCAUCAUCGUAGCUCGACUAGUCUUACUCCCUGCUAUUGGACUUUUUGUUGUUAAAGGGGCUGCAAAUUUUGGUCUGCUUCCAUUGGACCCUUUGUUUCAAUAUGUGCUGGUGAUGCAGUAUGCAUUGCCACCUGCAAUGAAUAUCAGUACCAUGGCUCAGCUAUUUGAUGUAGGCACUGAAGAGUUUUCAGUCAUUCUCUUGUGGACAUAUGGUGCUGCAAGCAUAGCUGGAGGGAAAGGAAAAUCUGGAUCACGUUUCGAGGUUGAAGAUAUUCGUUAG